CCGCCGCGCCGCACAAAGGGCAGCGCGGAACGGCCCCGCUCGGCCGCCGUAGGCGCUCUCGGCGCACGCGCCGCGGCCCGGAUCCGCGCCGCGCGCCCUCCCGCCGAGCGAGAAAGAACGCGGGCCGGGCGGCAGCGCGCAUGCGCACACGCGCAGUGGGCGCGGCGUGCCCGGGCGCGCCCGCAGGGCAGCGGCGGCCCCCUGCGAGCGGCAGGCCGCGGGCCGCUCCCCUCGCUCCCGUCCCGCUUACCGGCAGCGCGCCCGCUCCGCCGCGGCGGCGCCCCGGGCCCGCGCCAGGCCGUGCCGUGCCGUGCCGUGCCGUGCCGUGCCGUGCCGUGCCGUGCCGUGAGGGGAAGAUGGCCUCUCGGCGCAUCACCCGCGAGACGUUCGAGGCCGUGGUGCAGGAGAAGGUGAAGCGGUACCGGAGCGGUGCUGCGGGGGAUCCCGUCCAUCAUUUCCCAGCUCACCCCCGGGCGCUGCCCCGGCCCCGCUACAGCGAGAGCUUCCAGCACGACGGGCGCUUCCCUCGCGCCAACUGCCGGCCCCAGGACUGGAGCCAGGAGCCCGGCGAGGAUUACCCCGGGGAGGAUUACCCCGGGGAGGAUUACCCCGGGGAGGAUUACCCCGGGGAGAGUUACCCCGGCCCUUCCUACAGAGCCGCCAGCCCGCUGCUGCGGAAGGAGAAUUAUUUCCACGGACAUUUCUCCCGGCCCGCGCCCCGGGAGCGGGAAUUCGGCCGGGAUUUCGGGAAGUUUGGCCGUGCAGCUGCCCCCGGCAGGGAGUACGGGCAGCACCCCGCCGCCCGGGGCCGGGAGUACGGGCAGCAGCCCCGCGACUACGGCCAGCGGGACCGGGACUACGGGCAGCAGCGGGACUACGGCCCCUCGGAUUCCUGGGAAGCUGGCGGGCAGCACGGAGCGGGGUUCGGCUCCUCGGAGGUUUUGGGGGAUUUUCGGUCUCCCGGGCUGCUGGAGGAGCGGUACGGCGGCGCGGGGGAGCGGGAGCUCGAGGGGGACGGCGAGUUCCGGCCGGCGCUGCGCGGGGCAGGCGUGGGCCGGGGGAGAGCGCUCGGGGGGAAGCGCCUCGCCAGGGGGGCGGCGAAACCCAAGGUGUUCAAAGGAGACCUCAAAAGCCCCCCGAAGAAGUGGAACGUGAAGAAAGCACAGCCGGGCGUGGAUCCCGAAGCUCCGGAGCAGCCUCCGGAAGGCGGCGAGCAGAGGCCGGUGCCGCUCCAGCAGCGCCCCGGCCCCAAGCUGCCCCCGCAGCCCGCGGCGGCCCAGGGAGCCAUCCUGAGGCUGCCCAAGCCCGCCCACGUCUUCAGGAACCUCAGCUUCGACCUGGUGGACAAAUCCGACAUCUUCUCCACCUUCGGCGUCGAGAUCAUCAAGUGGGCCGGGUUCCACGCCAUCAAAAACGACGCCGAGUUCUCGCGGCUCUUCGGGGCCCUCUUCGAGCUGGAGACCGAGACCUGUGCCAAGAUGCUGGCCUCCUUCAAGUGCUCCCUGAGGCCCGAGCACAGAGAUUAUUGCUUCUUCACCAUCAAGAGCCUGCAGCACGCCGCCCUGAAAACCCCCAAGGUGGACAACGAGUUCUUGAACAUGCUGCUGGACAAGGGGGCCGUGAAAACCAAGAACUGCUUCUUUGAGAUCAUCAAACCCUUCGACAAAUACAUCAUGAGGCUCCAGGACCGCCUCCUCAAGGGGGUGACCCCGCUGCUGAUGGCCUGCAACGCCUACGAGCUGAGCCUCAAAACCAACGGCUUCGGCAACCCCAGGGACGUGGCCAGCGCCUUCGAGACCACCGUGUCCCUCUGCAGGAAAUCCCUGGCCCUCCUGGGCCAGACCUUCGCUCUGGCCUCUGUGUUCAGGCAGGAGAAAAUCCUGGAGGCCGUGGGGCUGCAGGAGAUGGCCCCAGCCCCCACGGCCUUCCCGAAUUUCGACGACUCCACGCUCUUCGGGAGGGAGUACAUGGAGCACCUGAAGGCGUGGCUGGAGAGGAGCGGCUAUCCCAUCCAGCUGAGGGCAGCAGAGGCGGCGCCCGCGCAGCGGCUCCCGGCGGCCGAGCCCGAGCCCAAAGCCCCGCAGCGCGCUGACCGCGGCGUCCUGGCGGCCAUCGAGCGCCUGGUGAGCAGCACCGUGGCAGGAGCGGCCAGUGCCCGCGAUGGGAGCGCCCCGGAGACCUCUGCUGAGUACUGGUUCCUGUGUGACAAGGACAGCCUGGAGUACAAGUACUACAGGCUGCGGCUGGCAGAGGCGCAGAGGGGCAGCCUGGCAGGGCGGGCGGUGCCCCCGGAGUCCCUGCGGGCCCUGCUGUGUGCCAGGAGGGUGGCCAGCAUCAAAAGGAGACUCUUCAAGAGGAACAAAAAGCCUGCCCUGGCCCCUGCCCGUGCCAGGAGGGUGAGGAGGGCGAGCACGGGCACCCAGACCCUGCUGUCGGCUGGCACCGUGCUGAGGCAGCCAGGCAGGAGCCCUGCGGGUGCCAAGGCUGCCCUGGCACAGCACGGUGGCCUGGGUGCCACCUCAACUCCUCCAGGUGCCACCUCGGCCCCUCCAGGUGCCAGCUCAGCCUCCCAAGGUGCCACCUCAGCCUUCCAAGGUGCUACUUCAGCCCCUCCAGCUGUCACCUCAGCCCCUCCAGGUGCCGCCUCACCCUCCCAAGCUGCCAGCUUAGCCCCCCCAGGUGUCACUUUGGACCCUCCAGGUGCCACCUCGGCCCCUCCAGGCACCACCUCGGCCUCCCCAGGUGCCACCUCAGCCUCCCCAGGUGUCACCUCAGCCCCCCCAGGUGCCACCUCAGCCUCCCCAGGUGCCACCUCGGCCCCCCCAGGUGGCAGCAGGUGCCAGGUGCCGGUGGCAGCAGGGGCAGAAGCCGAUCCUGAGGCUUUGGCAGCGGAUCCCGAGCUCCUGCCAGCCGCGGGAUCGCAGUUUGCUGAUGUGGACGCCAGGACCAGGCAGACGGCCGAGAAGCUGGCCAGGUUUGUGGCUCAGGUGGGCCCCGAGAUCGAGCAGUUCAGCAUCGACAACAGUGCCGACAACCCCGAGCUCUGGUUCCUGCAGGACCAAACCAGCCCCGCCUUCCAGUUCUACCGCAUGAAGGUGCAGGAGCUGUGUCCCUCCAUCUCCUUCGGCCCCGAGGCUGCAGAAGCUGCCAGAGCUGCAGGGACAGCCCCGGACACCGAGGAGGACGAGGAGGAAGAGGAGGAGGAAGAAGAAGAAGAAGAAGAGGAGGAAGAAGACGAAGCUGAGUUUGAACCCUCCCAAGCUGAGGAGGAGGAUGAGGAUGAUGAGGAGGACGUGGCAGCAGGUAGAAGGGUGACAAAGCUAGAGGAAGAUUUGGUGUCCAGAGCAGGAGAGGAGAUGUCAGGAGGUGAAGUGCAGCUCUCCAGCCCCUCUGACGGCGCUGUCCCAAAUCUGUCGACACAGGCACCCGGCCCGGCGCCCGGCUUCCCCCGCAAACGGGUCAGCUCCAAGUCCCUGAGGGUGGGCAUGAUCCCGGCCCCCAAGAGGAUCUGCCUCAUCCAGGAGCCUAAAGUGCAUGAACCUGUGAGGAUUGCUUAUGACAGACCCAGGGGCUGCCCUGUCACAAAGAAGAAAAAGAGGGCCCGGGCGCCGGAGCUGCCCCCCAGGAGGCUGAGCCCCAGGAACCUGGGCUUCCGCAUGCUGCAGAGGAUGGGCUGGCAGGAGGGGCACGGCCUGGGCGCGCGCGGCCGCGGCAUCCGCGAGCCCCCCGGCCUGGGUGCAACCUCUGCUGGGGAGGGUUUGGGGGUGGCAGGGGAAGAAGCCCCAGAAGAUGCUUUUGACGUUUUCCGCCAGAGGAUGAUCCAGAUGUACCGGCAGAAGAGGGCCAACAAGUAGCUCCAGGCUCUUCCAUGAGGACCCCAGGGCCCCCCCGGCUGCCUCUGCUGGACGGGCUCCGCCUGCCCGGGACCCCAAAUUUCACCUUCCCUGCCCCAAACUCUCCUUUCCCACCCCAAAAGCUCCUUUCCCACCCCAAAUUCUCCUCUCCUACCCCAAAUUCCAGGUUUUCCAUCCCAAGUUCUGGAUUUUCCCUGCAAUUCCACCCCAAAAUUCAGAUUUUCCAUCCCAAAAUUAGAUUUUCCCUGGAAUUCCAUCCCAAACUCUGGGGUUUCUCUUGAAUUCCAUCCCCAAUUUCAGAUUUUCCCUGGGAUAAACCCCAAAUUCUGGAUUUUCUACCCCAAAUUUCCAAUUUUCUCUGGAUUUUCCAUCCCAAAUUCUGGAUUUCGCCUAGAAUUCCACCCUAAAUUCCAGAUUUUCCAUCCCAAAUCUCAGAUUUCCCCUGGAAUUUCCACCCGAAAUUCUGGAAUUUCCACCCCAAACUCUGGAUCUUCCACCUGAAAUAAAUCCGACUUUGGGGUUUUCUGAAAUUAAUCCAAUUUUGGGUUUUGUUCUGUAACAAAUCCAGUUUUGGGGUGUUUGGUGCCCUGGGUUCAGUUUGGGGCCGGGGCUGUUUGGAUUCUCUGUGCCAAUAAAAUUCUGGUG